GGGUUUUACUUUAACCUCUCUCUCUCUCUCUCUCUCUCUCUCUGGAUUCCAUUCCAUGCAUUUCUGGUCCACCAUAACACAGAAAACAAGCCCCACUUUUUCUCCUUUUUGAUUUUCUUUCUUGCUUUCUUACUUUCUUUCUUUAUUUGUAAAAUUUUCCAACAUCAAAAUCAUAUUUAUCAGAGAGAGGGGAAAUUGACGGGAAGGUGGGAUUGCUUCUCAUUGAUCUUUAGUGAAAGAGAGAAAGAGAGAAAGAGAGAAAGAAAGAAGCAGCAGAAUUUAUCAGAGAGGUCAGAAAAGGGUCUUCUCCAAAUCCAAUCCACGCCAUCUUCUUUCUUCUUCUUCUUCUCUGCUUUGACUAGCCCUCUUUUUAUAUAUAUGUUGUUUCCAGAUAUUCUCCUAUAGCUAGUGCCAAAUUGAUUCUGUAGUUGAACUGGCUUUGAACUGAACACAACAAAGGAGGCUCAGAAUUUUAGCAUCAUGGGAGGGUUUGAUGAUCAUGUUGCUAUUAUUGGUGAUUGGGUGCCUCCCAGUCCAAGCCCAAGAGCCCUUUUCUCUUUAUUUGGUGAUGAAAUCAGCUCAAGGUCAAUUUCAGAACCUCCUAAUGAAAUUAAAAAUGGGGCUCUGUAUUCAAAGGCUCAAGAGCAGAUCAUGUCUGGAAGUAGUGAUGAAAAGCACAGGGAACUAGCUUCUGUGGGUGGCGACCAAUCAACCGACUCAAAUGCCGCUUUGGAUCAGAAAAUGAACUCACGUGGAGGCCUUCUAGAAAGGAUGGCUGCUAGAGCUGGGUUUAAUGCUCCAAGACUGAAUACAGAAAGCAUUAGACAUGCUGAUCUUUCACCAAACCCAGAUGUCCGUUCUCCUUACCUGACAAUUCCACCUGGGUUGAGCCCAACAACCCUGCUGGAAUCUCCAGUUUUCCUCUCUAAUUCACUGGUUCAGCCAUCUCCGACAACGGGGAAGUUCCCGUUUGCCCCAAGCGGGGACAGCAAAAACCCUACCUUGUCUACGGAGGCCACUGACAAAACCAAGCAUAAUUUUUUUGAUAGUGUCAACUCCUCAUCCUUUGCUUUCAAACCUGUUGCAGAAUCGGGUCCCUCUCUUUUUCUUGGUUCUGCAAACAAAAUAACUCCAAAUUUUGUUCGGCAAAGCUUUCCCAGCAUUGAGGUUUCUGUUCAGACAGAAAAUUCUAACCAUGGCAUUGGACCUGCUAAAGUGCUAUCCCAGAGCAGACAGAAACUCGACCCUCAGGACUUCUCUAGAUCAUGCGGUGAAAAGGAUGCAGUUGGCAAAUCCUUGAUGUCAGAAGCAAGGGAAGCUGAUACUGUUGGUGCUAGUGCAGCACAGUCACCUCCAUCAGAUGAGCAGCAAGAUGAGGACGGAGAUCAAAGAGCCGGUGGGGAAUCCAUGGCUGGUGGUGGUCCAUCAGAGGAUGGCUACAAUUGGAGAAAGUAUGGACAAAAACAAGUAAAAGGCAGUGAGUAUCCACGAAGUUAUUACAAAUGCACGCAUCCAAAUUGUCCUGUCAAGAAGAAAGUGGAACGAUCUCAUGAGGGGCACAUCACAGAAAUCAUAUACAAGGGGGCUCACAAUCACGCCAAACCUCCCCCUAAUAGAAGAUCAGCUAUUGGAUCCUCAAAUCUACUGGCUGACAUGCAACUUGAUGCUGCUGAUCAAACAGGGGUGCAGAUUGGUGCUGAUGGUGAUCCAAUGUGGUCAAGCAUGCAAAAGGGUACUGCUCCUGGAGCCCCUGACUGGAGGACCGACAAUCUUGAGGUGACAUCAUCAGCAUCUGUGGGAGCUGAGUAUGGGAAUGCAUCAAACUCAUUGCAUGGCCAGAAUGGCUCACAAUUUGAAAUUGGUGACAUGGUGGGUGGCUCUUCUACCUUUUCCAAUGAUGAAGACGAAGAUGAUCGUGCCACACAUGGGAGUGUAUCAUUAGGUUAUGAUGGAGAAGGAGAUGAAUCUGAGUCGAAAAGAAGGAAAAUGGAAGCAUAUGCAACCGAAAUGAGUGGAGCCACGAGGGCCAUUAGAGAACCUAGAGUUGUCGUGCAAACAACCAGUGAGGUGGAUAUCCUUGAUGAUGGCUAUCGGUGGAGAAAGUAUGGGCAGAAAGUUGUGAAAGGAAAUCCAAAUCCAAGGAGUUACUAUAAGUGCACUCAUGCUGGCUGCACGGUAAGGAAGCACGUGGAGAGGGCAUCUCAUGACCUCAAGUCGGUGAUCACUACAUACGAGGGGAAGCACAACCACGAUGUUCCUGCUGCUCGUAACAGCAGUCAUGUUAACUCUGGCGUCCCUAACACUGGACCUGGGCAAAAUGCCUGCGCUAAUGCUUCAGCAGCUGCUGGACCGCCCCAUCUUCACAGGCCCCAGCCGGCUCAAGUACACAAUGGCAUGGUUAGGUUUGACAGGCCGCUGCCUCUAAGUUCUUUCGGCCUCCCAGGAAGGCAGCAGCUGGGACCUCCCCAAGGCUUCAGUUUUGGCAUGAACCAGCAUGCGCUUGCCGGUUUGGCGAUGGCUGGUGUUGGGCCACCUAACCAAGGUAAGCUGCCUGUUCUUCCAGUUCAUCAUCCAUACUUGGGACAGCAAAACCCAGUGAAUGAAAUGGGUUUCAUGUUGCCCAAAGGAGAGCCUGAGGCGGAGCCUCCCUUAAGCCUUCCCAAUGGAUCAUCUGUUUACCAUCAAAUUAUUAGUAGGUUACCUCUUGGACCUCAGAUGUAAAUUUUUCUCUCUGUUUCUCAUCCAUAUAGAAAAGAAAGCAGAAGAAUUUUAACUUUUACAUGCCUAAAUAAAUGGGUAUUUUUCUUGUGAUGAA